AUGGCUUCAGAGCAAGCAAGAAGAGAGAAUGUUACUGAUGAAAGGAAACUCCAACUUGAGAAAGACAGAGUUCAUAAAAUGGCUAGUCAUUUUGAGUCUCUAGCUGAUAAAGUUCAUGAGGAUACAACAACUUUUCCUGAUGUUGUUCAUGUCAAGACUACUGUUACUAGUAGUGUUCCUUAUCAAGAACAUCAAGCGGAGAAGCAACAAUCAUCUGAUAUAAUCGAUAAAACUCAAGAGAGGAAGCAACAAGUAUUUCAAGAGAAACCAGGUGGUGUUAAAUUUGGAGUUCAGGGCCAAGAACACGAAGAUUCCGACAUUAACAAAGGAAAACAGAGCAAAGGUGGUGCUGAAGAGACGAAAGGUGGUCCGUCUUUGGAGGAAAUUUCUCAGUACAGAGCAACGGCACAGCAGAACUCGAUGAACGCGAUAAGGGCUGCUGAAGAGCGAUACGAAAAAGCGAAGGAAAUGGGUGGUUCCACAUUGCAGAAUGUUAAAGAAUCUACAACUCAUGGACUUGGUCCUACGAGUACUUAUGCAGCAGAAAAGGGUGCACAAGCUAAAGGCACCAUUACUCAAGGCCUGCAAAAGGGAUCUCAAUAUGUUGCUGAAAAAACUGGAGCUGCUAAAGACGUCGCUCUCGAAAAAGGCCAACAAGCUUAUGCUGCAACUAAGGAUACCCUUUCGGGUGCCGGACAAACUGCAGCUCAAUCAGCUCAACAAGCUAAAGAUUACACUAUGGAAAAAACAGGGGAUACUAAAGAUUACACAAUGCAAAAAACAGGGGAAGCUAAAGAUUAUGCAGCCCAAAAAACAGGGGAAGCCAAAGAUUAUGUUGCUCAAAAAACAGGGGAAAUUCAAGAACAGAGCAAAGGUGCAGCAAGUUAUGUAGGAGAAAAGGCAGCACAAGUUAAAGAUGUUACAUUAGAAACAGGGAAAGGCGCGGUAGGAUACGCAGGGAAAGUAGCUGAAACAGUGAAGGACAAAGCGGUUGUAGCUGGAUGGGGAGCAGCACACUUCACUGCUGAAAAAGCUGCAGAUGCAACUAAAGCUAUAGCUGGUGUUACUUCUACUGUUGCAGGGUACGCGGGAGGGACGACAGUGGCCGUGAAGGAUUUGGUUGUUGAUGCUGGAAAGAAAACAGUGGGAUUUGCAGAGGAUACGUUAGGUGCUGCGAAGGAUUAUGUAGUUUCAGCUGAGGAAAGUGCAGCAGAGUAUGCAGCUAGGAAAAAGGCGGAAGCAGAAAGAGAAUUAGAAGCUAAGAAAUUACAAGAAGACACCAAGGGAGAAAACAGAGGAGGAGAAAAGGUUGAUGAAAAAGAAAGGAGAAAGGAGAAAACAGAAGAAUCCUACUUCGAGGAAGAAGAAGAAUCAGGAGUCGGAAAAGAAAGCAAACCGGUGGAAGGUGCAGCGGUGGUGUUGCAAGCCAUUGGCGAAACUAUAGUUGAGAUUGGGAAAACAACUACUGAACUUGUUGCAGGUCGCGGUGGAGAUGAACCAGUUGUGGGAAUUGAGAAAGAGUCUACUACCACAAUGAAGAAAACUUGA